CUUCUGAAAGCAAGAAUAAAGAUGGAGUUAAGCAAUCAAACUUCUCAGUCCAUCAUCAAAGAGGAGGUUCUGGCAAAAGGCAAAUGGGCUCAGCUUUUACAGACAACCUACAUCGACCCUGCUGGCAAAACCAGGGUAUGGGAAACGGUGAAAAGAACGACCAGGAAACCAAAUAGUAAAUGUGAUGGCGUAGCUAUACUGGCAGUGCUGAAAAGGACACUCCAUUAUGACUGCUUGAUCUUGGUGAAACAGUUCAGACCACCCAUGGGAUGCUACUGCCUGGAACUCCCUGCCGGUCUCAUUGAUGAUGGGGAGACUGCAGAAAGAGCAGCCUUGCGGGAGCUGUUGGAGGAGACCGGAUACAAGGGAGAGAUCAGUGGCACCGGUCCAGUUGUCUGCUUGGAUCCAGGGCUGAGCAACUGCACAAUGCGGUAUGUGUCCGUUAAUAUUAACGGGGACGAUUCGGAAAACAUCAAACCCAAGCAGAGGCUGGAUGAUGGAGAAUUUGUUGAAGUUAUUUUAAUUCCUUUGAAUGAACUUCGAAAGAAAAUUGAUGAAAUGCUCCAAAAUGAAAAUAUUGUCGUGGAUUCCCGAGUCUACAUCUAUGCAUUGGGUUUAACCCACGCAACGUCCAAGCCAGAUGUAUUGCCUGUUUUGAAAGCGUGAAGGCGGCGGUGGGUGGGGUUGGGGGAGAUGAUCUUGCCUGGAGGUAAAGCAGCUCUUGGAGGAACUUGUAAAGGAGGAAGGUGUUCCAUUUGGAGACAUUUAACCCUAUUAUAAUAAUCUGCUAUUAUGCAAAGUAACAUUUUCCUACAAUAUUAAGCAUUGAUAAGUUUAGAGUUUGGUAUAGAGUAUCAAGACCUGUUUUAUUUUCAAAGAGAAUGUACUGUUAACUUGAAAGUAGCACUAAUUACAUUUUAUUGGAGCUGUAACUGUCCCUCAGGAUUUGUGAUCAGCAUGCACAGAGUUGGAAAUAGUUAUGUUCUGUUUUUUUUUUAAAAACCCUCCAUGGGGCAAUUAUAAAAUUGUAAGAUUCUCACUA